AGGUCAGCCAUUCAUCGGUCGGGCUCGCACUGGCACCGGCAAAACUCUGGCCUACUUGCUACCAAUCACCGAACGGCUGAGGAACGAGCGCUUCUCCGGUCCAGGGGCAGCCAUCGUCGUCCUGCCCUCCAGAGAAUUGAGUCGACAGGUGGCAUCGGUCCUGUUGUCUCUGCUACCUCAAGCCACAGUAGUCUUAGCGACGGGUGGGCACGGCAAUAUGAAAGCCCUAGUUAGAGAGAUCGAGAACAGCAAUCCCGAGAUAGUUAUCGGGACUCCCGGUCGUAUAGUACAACUCGUGACGAACGGGGCAAUACCAGUCGGAAGGAUAAGGAUAGUGGUGCUAGAUGAGGCCGAUGCUAUGCUCAAAGAUGGCACCAAGACGAGCGCUCACGUGGAGUCACUGCUAGCCCAAGUGAAGCCGUUCUCGCCACAGACUGUGGUAUUUUCGGCAUCGAUGUCGGAUGUGGUCGUGAGGAAGGUGUCCGAGAUAGGUGGAGCUAAUUCAGUGAAGGUGGAUCUUGUGGCCAGUGGUUUCAGUAAGUGUCGCUGUACGGACUGUAAACUCUGUUCAUUCUGA